AUGUACUGUUCGGACACACAGACUCUAACUCAGAGAACAGCUCCCAAAGAGAUUGCUCCCUGUUUCCCAGAGCAGGUUUAUGCCACUUCAAAUGGCAUUGAAAGCGGCGUUUCAACAAUCGGUUUCCGGUCUGGCCGCUAUGCUCCAGAAGAGGCACAAGAAUCCCUCAACAGGCGUUUCGCUCAAGCGAACUUGGAUUUCGACAUAAGCCAACAAACUCGCCAUGACAACCGCAACAUGAUGACGGAAACUGAAGAGAAAAGUAAAUCAGAUUUCACAAACACGACCGAGAAGUUGAGGGAGCGUCUGAAGGACUUGCAUUUCUGGAAGUCUGAACUGGAGAAGGAAAUUCUCGAUGUGAUUGCCACUAACGAUCGGUUGAUUAAAAGAAAGAGGGAACUAGAGAGGACCCUUGAAGCAUUGGAUGAGUGCGUUUUGCUCACAACGGACUGCCUGAAUGCCAGGCAAAGGCGGUUUGGCGAGGAUUUGCAGCAAGACGCAGUUGAGCUCGAACUUAUGAAGGCAAGUGUUUCACCUGAGCUGGAUAUUCUCAACAAAGCCAUUGCCCUAGUCAAACGUUCAAUCCAACAAGUCAAUAACCAGCUCGAGAGGAACCGUCAGGCGAAGCAGGACCUGGAGAUGGCGUGGAGCGAUAAGCACGAGGCAGACCUGCUCGACUCCGAGGGGGCCCACUUGAAGCCAACAAGCACCAACAAGCAGCACUACGCGGGCGAGGCGCGUAGCUGGCCGCAGGCCGCGCAGUCGACCGUCCAGUCGUGGACCCAACACGCCCACGACCUCAUCCUGCGCUCGGAACACGAAAGAAUGGCCAGCGAACAGCUGUACCAACUCUGUGAGAGCAUCGCCAUUGACGUCGCUCGUGAUGUGGUCAACCAGAAGGACUGCGUAAACGUUGCUUUCCAGAAGAGACUGGACGAAUACGAAUGUGACAAGCAAAGAUUGAUUGAGCAACUCAAAAAGGCAAGUCUAGAAAGCCUUACUCCUUGGCAAAGUAAAUUUGUGCCCUUCCAAUUAGCCAAUUUAAGGUGCACAAAAUUCAUAGAGGGCAUGCACACAUUGCCUAAUUUCGAGAAGAUCUGUACAGAGAUUACAGAAUUGGAAAAUAACAUCAAAGAGAUGGAAUAUGCAAUCAUUGCCAAGGACGCUUAUGUCAAGACAAUACAAACACGACUACAUCUUCACAACCAAAGACCAAAUGUUGAGAACUGUCGCGACUCACCCCAGAAGGCGAUGCUCGAUGAAAUGCAUAACAUUCAGGUGACGAUUGACAAGUUACGGGAUCAGCUUGCGCUUACGGAGAACAACCUCAAACACCUUCAGGAUACGCAGCUAAUGCUUGAAAAGGAAAUUCACAUGAAGAAUGUUUCCAUUCAAGUCGAUAAAGACCACUGCGCUCGUCAUAGAAUGGCCUUCCCCUCUGCAAUUAGGCUCCGUGGACACUGA